CUUGAUCGCACCGCCAAAUAUUCUCGAAAAAGUUCAAGUAGACAGCACAUUUUUAGAUUGACAGCUUUAUCCGUACGUACUGUUAUGUACGUAUGUGCAUAUACAAAGGAAUAUACAGAACAGAAACCAUUCUUUGUAUCCGAAGUGAGAAAGAACGCCAUUUUUGUACGUUUGAAAUUUCAAAGGAGGAGAAAUGCCUUUUUUUUGUAAUUUGUGUGGUACAAGAUGCCGCAGUAAGAUGGCUCUUGAAUCACACUCAAAAAGCCACUAUGAUAAGAACAGAAGUAUCUCCACCACAUGUGACAUUUGUAAGAGAAAGUUCUCCCGUCAGCAUCUCAUGGAAAUACACAGGCUUUACAUUCAUACCCACCGUAAAACAGAGUUGAAAUGUACAGAAUGUGGCAAAGUCUUCGGUUAUCAAAGGAGUUUAAAACGACACAUGAUGUCCAUCCAUCUGAACAUGAAGAAUCACGUUUGUCCGGUUUGUGGCAAAUCUUUCUCACGCAAGGAAUAUUUAUCUUGUCAUCUGGCACUGCAUUAUGGGGCACCAAUGAAAAGAGGGAGAGUAAAGAGAUUAAAGAGUUGUGGGAAAAAGUUAAAAACAUUAAAAACCGAGAGAAAUAGGUUCAAGACAGAAAUAAAAACUGAGGGAGUGGAGCAUAAAAAGAUGCAGUUUAUUCCAUUGAAAAAUAAGGUACUCAAGUUAGGGACAGUUUCCAGAUACAAAAAUGACAUAAUAAGAGGAUCUAAGAAAAAGUGUGCCAGGAAGAGAACUGCUACAAGCAGACAGGCAGAAGAGUGUAAGGCUGAUAAUUGUGGUGAACCAGAUGAGAAAAAGCUUAAAAUUGAAGAAACAAAAAACUUUGCUAGGAGCAUAGAUAUAAAAGAAUGUAAAGACGUUCAAAGUAAUGAAACAGAUAACAAAAAGCGUAAAGCUGAAGUAGGACCAAUCUCUACCAGAAGUACAGAUGUAAAAGAGGGUAAAGGGGAUCGAAGUUAUGAAAUAGAUAACAAAAAGCUUGAACCUGAAAUAAGAUCAGAUGUCAAAGAGUGCAAAGAGGAUCCAAGUAAUGGAUUGGAUAACAAAAAACUUGAGACCCAAGUAAGAACAAUAUGUACCAGGAGAAAAGAUUUAAAAGAAUCUAAAGAGGGUCGAAGUAACAAACCAGGUAAGAAAAAGAUGGAAACUGAAGUAGAAACAACCUGCACCAGGAGCACAGAUGUGAAGGAGCGUAAAGAGGGUCAAAGCAAUGAAUCAGCUAAGAAAAAGCUUGAAACUGAAGUAAGAUCAGAUGUGAAAGAGUGCAAAGAGGAUCAAAGUAAUGGAUUGGAUAACAAAAAACUUGAGACCCAAGUAAGAACAAUAUGUACCAGGAGAAAAGGUUUAAAAGAAUCUAAAGAGGGACGAAGUAACAAACCAGGUAAGAAAAAGAUGGAAACUGAAGUAGAAACAACCUGCACCAGGAGCACAGAUGUGAAGGAGCGUAAAGAGUGUCAAAGCAAUGAAUCAGCUAAGAAAAAGCUUGAAACUGAAGUAAGAACAAUUUUUACCAGGAGCACAUACAUGAAAGAAUGUAAAGAGGGUCAAAGUAAUGACUCAGCUAAGAAAAUGAUUGAAACUGAAGUAAGAAUAGUUUGUACCAGGAGCACAGAUGUAAAAGAAUUUAAAGAUGGUAUAAGUAAUGAAUCAGGUAAGAAAAAGCCUGAAACUGAGGUAAGAACAAUCUGUAACAGGAGCACAGAUGCAAAGGAGUGUAAAGAGGCUCAAAGCAAUGAAUCCAGUAAGAAAAAGAUUGAAACUAAGGUAAGAACAGUUUCAAUAAGGAAAUGUACAGAGGAACAAAGGAUGGAACCAGAUAAAGCAAAACUUGGUAUUAUCUUCAGAAGGAAUUCUGAAACAGGAGAAUGGACAGUGUCUGAAUCUAUGAAGAAGACAGUUUGUACCCUUAAUGGUAUGAAAACUUCAAGUUGUCCAGAUAAUGCAUCAAAAGAACAAAAAGGUGUUAAUAAGAAUGUAAACAGUAUAAAAACAUGUAAAGCUGAUACAGAACAUAAAAAUACAAAGAUGAAGCCUGAUACUGAUGUUCAAAGAACAUUGAAAAAAAGAGUUGUGAAAGAAAAAGAUACUGUGUGCUGUGAAGGAGAAAUUGAAAACAACAAAACCUUCAGGAAUAAGAAAUGUUAUGCGUUUAAUGAACUUUGUGUGUUAAAUGCGGAGAGAACACUAAAUGUAGAACUGCCUGGAAAAAAGGUUAAACAUAGCCAUAAAAUUGCGAAGAAUCAAAUGAAAGAAAACACUGUAAGUGUGUCAAAGUACCCAAAAACAUGUACAGAAUUGACCAGUUGUUCAAAUAAUGAUGUUCUUAUAGUGGAGUUAUUUGAAGAUGGUGAUACAAUGUUUUCUAAUGAUGUAGAAAAUACAAAUAACAGUGAUAAUGCAAGCGGUACAGAGAUGUGUGUUACUGAAGAAUCUGUUGAUAUAAAAGUAUUCCCAUACAAAUAUCGGUGUACAAACAGAAAAGCCCUUGUAAAGAAUGAGAGUACUUUGGAAGACUAUAAAAAAGAUGCAGUGACCACAGCCUUUUCUUUGCCAAAGAGGGAUGAGUUAAAUUUCUCUGAAGCAGAUGUUGAAGUGAUUGAUUGUAGUGAGGAUGAAAAUAUGGACGAUUGCAAUUCAGAUAUUGAGAGUGAUGUUGAAAACCAAGUUCACUGCAAUAAAACUGAAAACCAGCAUAACAGUACUAUGUUGAAACCAAAAAAGGUGCUGCCCUUGGCCCAGUCUGUGAGUAAACAUGCUGAGUAUCUAGAGAAACCAAAGAACAUGCCUUUGCAGCAUGUUGUAAACAGAGAUCAAAAUUUUAAUGAAAGCUUAAUUAAAGGAGGAGAUAAUGGAAAGGAGAGUGACCAAGUUGAUGAUGUAAAUGUUGAAUGUGAAAAAUUUAUGUCAGAUGAGUUUGAAACGCAUAUGACUGUGUUAGGUCCAGUUGAAAUGCGAGUGAAUUCACAUGCAAAUUUUUCAGGUAUGCUUACAGAUUCAGUUGGAAAAAAAAGUAAAAAACUGUCAGAUAAACUGUCAAAUAAACAUAGAAUUAAAUCACAAGCAGUAGUUAAAGGAUGGACAAUAUGUAAGAGAAAAGCAUUAGGUUUGAAUGAUAAAAGUAUUUGUAAGAGAAAUGAUGUGUUACACAUGAAUGAUUCUGUUAAGGGUAGAAGUGUGGUAGGUACAUCUACAAAUAGAACAGAUAGAAGUUUACAUUUCAUGGGAAACAAUCAAAAUCAUGAACAGAUAUAUAAUGAGACUUUUGUUAGUUUGUCAGAGAGAAGAGACCACAUUUCUAUGUUAGAUCCAGGCAGGAGUUAUACUGACGUUAAUAAAAGAGCUGUUGAAGAAGCCAGUGAUGCUGCUGAAACAAAUUUUAAUGAAUUCUGCUUGAAUCAGUCAUUCCCAUCUAACAGUAUAGACAGUACAACAGAGAACUUCAAAGACGUAGAAAACUUGUUAAGCUGGACAGCGGAACAAAUCUUGCACCUUGAUCACAUGCCAGAACAAGCAACAAGUAGAUCAUGUUUUGAGCAUCAGUACGACGAUUUUGUGCCUGAGUUUAAUGAAAAAGAAGUAGAACAUUCUGAUGAAAACAAUGAUGGCAUGAUUGAGGUUUACGUGAUUGAUGACGAAGUGGAUGAAAAUAAUAAUAGUACUUCAGACCAGAUUAUCAUUUAUGAUAAUGAUUCAGCAAGUACUAAAUACACAAGCCAAGAAAGUCUAAACUAUGGGAAUGAACUGGGUUUGUUUGUGCCUACUGACUUUUACCAAACAAACUGUAAAUAAUAGU